AUGGCAAUGCACCCUUCUCGUCAGGCGGCGCUGGGUCUCGCUCCCGGACCCGCACCAGCUGCUCGAGGGAAUCUGCAGACAUCGAAGGGAAAGCAGCCAGAGAGACCAUACAUCGGUCCUUGGUCCUCUCACGCCCUGGACGCAGCUUCGCAUGGCGCUAUAGCGUUCUGCCAAAUAUACUAUGAGGCGUACGACGAGCCCACUCGGCGCGAUACGGAAAUCCCGCAGCUCUUCCUCCCUCAAGCCAAAGUAGUCUGGAACGGUAACCCCGUCCCCGCCGACCUCCCCAACUUUAUGGGGUUCCUCAAAGGCGUUCCUCUUUCGCGACAUGAUCUCCAGACGUUAGACUGCCACCCCAUACCAGUCCUUGACCCAGCCGCCCCACCCUCCAGCGCCCCCGAUAUCAUCGUCAACGUCACCGGCUCGGUCUUGCACGGUCCACACGUCCUCGCGGGUUUCAAUGAUGCCCAGGCUACCCAUGCGCCUCAGAAUCACCCACGGAAGUUUCACGAGAUGUUUAUGCUUCGUGCGGCGGAGCAGGGAGAAGGGAUGCAGCCCAAGUACGCUAUCCACAGCUCGAACUUCCGCUUCAUCGGGUAG